AACUUGCACGCAUCCGCUCCGUUAUUGAAAUAAUAACGCUUUCAAGUUCUUCCUUUGCUUCCAUUCGGCCAUCGAAGAAGCCGAGAAGGGAGAAGAGAACGCUAUAUAGUCUGGCUCUUGGUUAAUUCGAGCAAGGAGGAAGGAAGAAGAAAAGAGAUGGCAGGGGUGGCGUCUUGGAAACCCUUGGCCCUGAAGGCCCCUCCGGCUGUGGCGACGGGGGCCCCGCUACUCCGCCACCACCCAUCCAUCCACCCCGUCGCCAUCGGCGCCCCAGCUUCCCCUUUCCAGAAAGCCCCGAUCUUGAGGAGCGCAGCGCGGCUACCACUCGCCGCGGCGCCCUUCCGGCCCCGGGCAGUGGCGGACGACGACGAGCUGGGCAGAGAGGUUGGGGUGGAGGAGGGGGCGGCGGGUGGGGGACUGGCUGUGGCGGAGGAGGAGGAGGAGGGGAAGGUGGAGCCGAGCGAGAUCGGAGAACUGAAGCGGAAGCUGAUGGAGUUGCUGUACGGGACGGACCGGGGCCUGAACGCGUCGAGCGAGACGCGGGCUGAGAUCCUGGAGCUCAUCACCCAGCUGGAAUCCAAGAACCCUACUCCCGCCCCCACCGAGGCCCUCACCCUCCUUAACGGCAAAUGGAUUCUUGCGUAUACUUCGUUCUCGCCGCUGUUCCCACUGUUGGGGUCGGGGAGGCUGCCGGAGGUGGUGAAGGUGGAGGAGAUAUCGCAAACGAUCGACUCUGAGAAUUUUACGGUGCAGAAUUCAGUGCAGUUUGCAGGGCCGCUCGCCACCACCUGUGUCACCACCAACGCCAAGUUCGAAGUCCGAAGCCCCAAGCGCGUGCAGAUAAAAUUUGAGGAAGGCAUUAUAGGCACUCCACAGAUAACAGACUCCAUUGUCAUACCCGAGAAGGUAGAGUUCCUGGGGCAGAAUAUUGACCUCUCUCCUUUCAAGGGUGUGAUCACUUCAGUCCAGGAUGCAGCAUCAUCGGUGGCUAGGACAAUCUCCGAACGACCGCCAUGGAAGAUCCCAAUCAACAACAACAACGCGCAGUCCUGGUUGCUGACAACCUACCUUGACGAGGAGCUUAGAAUCUCGAGAGCUGAUGGUGGCAGCGUCUUCGUUCUCAUCAAGGAAGGUAGCUCGCUCUUGAACUAGAGGCACACCUUCUGUUCAUGGUGGAUGAACAUACUAUGUCUUCCUGUGGAAUAUAACUUUCACAGAAUGCUAGUUAAUUUAUGGGUAUCAUUUGUAAGCAGCUGUUGGUGCUUUUUAUCCCUUGUGUGCGCUUUGUUAUCUAAAUGUUUUACAACGAGACCUUAAGAAUUUCUGGAUGAAUAAAGGGAAAAAGUUGUAAGCAUUUUUGUCUGAA